UGCCCGUCCCCCCCUUUGCUUCCGCGACGACCGCGCCAUGAAGAAGUCCGAGGAGCUCAACCUGGAGUCCAUCAUCGAGCAGUGUCUCGAGGUGCGGGGCGCUAAGCCGGGCAAGAUGGUGACCGUGCCGGAGGGGCAGCUCAAGACGCUCUGCUCGGCGGUGCGCGAGAUCGUCCUGGGGCAGAACUCGCUGCUGGAGGUGGAGGCGCCGCUCAAGAUCUGUGGUGACAUCCACGGGCAGUAUAACGAUCUCCUCCGCCUGUUCGAGUACGGUGGGUUCCCUCCGGACAGCAACUAUCUGUUUCUCGGCGACUACGUCGACCGCGGAAAGCAGAGUUUGGAAGUGAUCGUGCUGCUGUUUUCUUUCAAAGUAAAAUUUCCCGAGAACUUCUUUUGCCUCCGCGGUAAUCACGAAUGCGCGUCAAUCACGCGCAUCUACGGCUUCUACGACGAGUGCAAGCGGCGCUACAACAUCAAGCUGUGGAAGACCUUCUGCGACGUGUUCAACUGCCUCCCCGCCUGUGCCCUCAUUGACGAGAAGAUUAUCCAGAUAACGCGGCCCACGGACGUGCCGGACAGUGGGCUCCUCUGCGACCUCCUCUGGGCCGACCCCGACAAGGACAUCUCUGGGUGGUGUGAGAGCGACCGUGGGGUCUCCUUCGUCUUCGGGCCAGACGUGGUGAGCUCGUUCCUGGUGAAGCAGGACAUGGACCUGGUGCUCGAAGUGUGCCGUGCGCACCAGGUCGUGGAGGACGGGUACGAGUUUUUCGCGAAGCGUCAGCUGAUAACGCUCUUCAGCGCUCCGAACUACUGCGGGGAGUUUGACAACGCGGGGGCGAUAAUGAGCAUCGACGAGACGCUGAUGUGCAGCUUCAAAGUGCUCAAGCCCGUGAAGGGCAAAGUUGUCCGCUAG